UCUUGCAUAGUCUCAUACCCAACACUAGACAUUUGGCACACCCUAAUUUUACUUGUGUGUUAGGAGGAUUGUUGUUUUAUCGAAACGAAAGGGUCGGUUGUAGUAUUUUUUGUUGUUCCCUCACACACACUGUCAAGCGGAAUAAGACCAGAAUUCGAGUCUUCAAUCGUUCGUGUCAACAACUAUACUAUACUAUACUUUGUGAUUUUUCACUUUCACGAAAACAUCUUCAAUGGCGAGUAACUGGAGAAGAACACUUGGCAACGCAAGGUCGUUCGUGAACAAUUCGAUGGGUGGUCUGAGAGGAGGAAGCAACCUCGCUUCAUGGGUUGUUGCCGGAACCCUAGCUUAUUAUCUUUGGAUCAAACCUGAUCAAGAUCUCAAACGCGAACAACAAGCUAAAGCUGCUAUUGCUUCCCAUGAUGAUCCUUUUCGCUAUGUUGAAACUCGAAAACCUGUUCCUGAUCCUCAAGUUACUGGUUUGAUAUAUGGAAACAACAACAACAAAGACAAAUCAUUUACGGCAGAUGAUUAGCUUGAAUCAAAAUGGAAACAAUCAACAGGGAGACUUGUAUUAUUUUUGGAUACAGGGUCAGUUUCAACUUGUUUUCGCUCUUCCUUUGCAGGAAUCAAAAUACUGUAUUACUAUUAAGGAUAUAUUAAAUUUUGUUUUGUUUUACAUAGCAGCAGUGCUCUCCCUUCAAAUGUUAUAGUGUAAUUUCUUGAGUUUUGAGAAUGACUGUUGGUAACAACCCAUCCUUCGGGAAAUAUGUUAUUAAUAAUUAAUAAGUACUGCCAUUAUAAUCCA